GAUGUAUGUCUGCUUGGCUGCAAUGAGACAAGCAUUCUUAUCUGGCUGCAGGCCAAUUAUUGGACUGGAUGGAUGCUUUCUGAAGACUCUUCAUGUUGGUCAACUUCUUUCAGCAAUUGGUAGGGAUGGAAAUGACAAUAUGCUACCAAUUGCAAUGGCAUAUGUGGAGGUUGAGAAGACAGAUUCUUGGAGGUGGUUCCUGGAAAGGCUCAUGAGAGAUGUAGACCCUUACAAGGAGAAGAAAUGGACCUUUGUCUCAGAUAGACAAAAGGGUUUGCUUGAAGCAGUGAGUGAGAUUGAGGGGGCAGAGCAUAGAUAUUGCUUGAAGCACAUGUACAAUAACUUUAAGCAGAAGUGGGGGGAUCUAGAGUUGAGGAAAUGGUUUUGGAAGGCAGCUAGCACAUACAAUGUGAAGGAACAUAUGAGGUGCAUGAGUCAAAUUCAAAAGCUUUUUCCUAAGAGGGAUGGCAAG